AUGGUCGACAAAUCUCACCGAGUAUCCAGGCUCUCUGUACACCCAAGAUACAGACCAAGAGAGUCAGUCUUUGUCGGUGGCUCAGAGCUUUACCGCGGGGACAGCCAUGCUGUUUGCAGCCCAUACUUGAGAGAAUGUGUGCUAGCCAUGGAGGAUUGCUGCGAGGAGGCACACGAAGCACAACAAAUUCUACGACAGGGGACAUACGAUUUACCGCGAAUGGCGAAGGUGUUCUUGCUCAUUGACGAGGCAACCGUGCGGAGAUAUAAGGCCGACCUAACAGACGAGAUUGAACCGCAAAUCAACGAACUGAUCUCGCGCGCGGAGAAGGGCCUGCGAAUUCUGCUCAAGAAAGAGAGUACACUCAAAGCCAAGGUCAGUUCCGGCGUAAAGUACUCUGUGUUCCCCUGUCAUUUUCCGCCGUUCUAG